AAGGCUAAGGAAAAUCACAUUGUCCGGCAGAGAAUCGAAGAAGACACAACAACGCUCACAAGAUCCUCUUUUGUCCGUACUGAAACGAUGAACGUUUCUGCUAGAAUCUCCUCCGUGUUAAGAUCCUCCAAUCUCUGCCUGAUAACCCCUAGAUCAUCAUCUUCCUCUAGAUUCCUCUGCUCCAAAAGAAACCCCGACGAAUCUCCCAAAAACGACAAUGGUGAUAAAUCGUCGAGGGAUUGGGACAAAGCGUGGAAGAGUUUCAAGAAACAAAGCAAGAAGACAUUCUUCUCUCAGUUCAACGUGGACAAGUACGUGACGUGGAAUCCUCCGAGAUCGGAGUUUCCGUUGUCGGAAGAAGUUGAUCCUAUCAAAAGAACAGAGAGAUCUAAUCUCAUGCUCUGGACAAGUCCAAAGUUCACAUUAGUUGGAGCCAUCGUCAUUGUCUCAUUCCUCCUUCUAUAUACCAUUCUUGCUCCUGUCAAGUGAAAUCGCAUGCAUUCUUGCUAAUGCACGCUGGUCUGCGAUGGCAUUUCAUUGUGCAACGUGUGGCCAGUUCGAAGCUCGAGCGAGGCACCCAAAGAGAGAGAGACCAAAAAAGUAGUAGAG